AAUCGGACGAAGGAAAAGAGAAAAUUCCCACCACCGACCGCGUCACGCGCGCGCACGCGCACCCGCGCUGAAAACGGCCCACCGCCCACGCGCCAGCCGACGCGUCCUCGCGCGCAUGCCGCCGCCCAGCCUGACCGCCGCGAACGACAGGGCCGCCGCCGCCUCCGCCGCGAACGGCCACGCGGCGCCGGUCGCGCGCCGCCGCGCGGGCAAGGGCAAGAAGGUCCACCCGCUGCCGGCCGACGGGGCCGCGAUGGGGGACGGCGGCGAGAGGCUGGCGGGCGGGAGGAGGCCGAUGGACUGGCUGUCGCCUGCCGGGGUGGCCGGCAUCCUGCGGCGGCACCCGCUGCCGGUGCUGUUCGCGUGCGGGCUGCUGCUCUUCAUGGGCGUGGAGUACACCAUCCCCAUGAUCCCCGCCGCCGCGCCGCCGCUCGACCUCGGCUUCCACGCCACCGCCGCCAUGCACGCCGGGAUCGCCGCCCGGCCCUGGCUCAACUCGCUCCUCGCCGCGCUCAACACGGUGUUCGUGGCGAUGCAGGCCGCAUACAUCCUGUGGGCCGUCCUCGCCGAGCAGCGGCCGCGUGCCGCCAUCGCCACGCUCAUGAUGUUCACCUGCCGCGGCCUGCUCGGCUGCUCCACGCAGCUGCCCCUGCCGGCGGAGUUCUUGGGCUCCGGCAUGGACUUCCCCGUGGGGAACGUGUCCUUCUUCCUCUUCUACUCCGGGCACGUCGCCGGCGCGGUGAUCGCGUCCAUCGACAUGCGCCGCGUGGGACGGCGCAGGCUGGCGGUGCUCUACGACACACUCAACUUGCUGCAGUUCGUCAGGCUGCUUGCGUGCAGAGGGCAUUACACCAUUGACCUGGCCGUCGGCGUCGGCGCUGGUCUCGUCUUCGACAUGCUUGCCGGCUGGUACCUGGACAGCAAGAACAUCGACAGCGGCGACAACCGUUGCUGCAGCAGCUGCCAGAAGGCUCUCGUCUCACAGAAGCUUACAUCAUAGGCCCAUCAAUGGCUGUGGAAUUGCAGUGGACUGGACAUGAUCCAAGUCAUUUUUUAGAAUGCUACUUACUGAUAUGUAAUUGUGUAACUGUAUUUGUCCUAUGUAAGUUGCAACAUCUUCUGAAAUGCAAGUAUCAGAAUUCAGAAGCUUAAA